CGCAUAGAGUUUAUUUUUGUUUACACCAAUGCUCUAACCACAUGACUAACUAAGCUAGUUUCUUCAAUAUAAAAGCGGUGUAUUCGAAUGCAUCUUCAGAUCACUACAACUUGUGUGUGAAGCAAGAUAAUACAUAAAAAUAUAUCAUAAUGAAUUUCGCUAAGAUAUUUUCUUUCGUGUUUGCGUUCGUACUCGCUCUUACCGCGGUUUCGGCAGCUCCCAAGUGGAAGAUAUUUAAGAAAAUUGAACACAUGGGACAGAACAUUCGCGAUGGAAUCAUCAAGGCAGGCCCAGCGGUGGCAGUGGUUGGUCAGGCCACGUCCAUUUACAAAGGGAAAUAGAAGAAAUAGAAGCAUCUAGAAUAAUAACCUUAAUUACAUAGACGGGAUCACAAUCCAAACUGUUUCGUUAUAUCAACACUCGACGCUAGUAUAAGGGCCCGGUUUCAUAACUUAUUCAUGACUCUGAUUUAUCAUUUAUUAAAAGUGUUAAAUAUAAAAUCAGUGACUUUAUCACAAAGUAUUCUAAACUGGCCCUGAAAAUCGUAAAAAGAUAAGUUUGUUAAUUUUGUUUACUUCUUGAAGAAAUUUUCUAACAUACUUUGUAAAUUUUGAAAAGAACGUUUCAUCAUUUUUCGGUUAUAAUUGUGACAAAACUAAUUUACUAUUUCAUACUACAUAAUAUUACUACUUAAAUAUGUUUUGUGGUAGUAUAUACAAUUUGCUUUGUAGAAGCCGUCUUUUGUAAUUUAGGCAUCCUAUUUACUGCCUAAAUACUCUUAUUAAUUUAUUUGUAAGUUCUGUUAUAUCGCCAUAGAAAAGUAUUAUUUUGUACAUUUUAUAUAAAAUAAAGUCUGAAAUCAUAUA